CCAGAUUCCCAACAUCCGGGUCUGCAGCACGUGUCCCCGUUGUUUAUCCCUGUUGCAACCUACCUGUACAAGCCCUGAGCCACAGCGGCGUCGAGGGAUCAACGGCAAGGACGGACGCAAGACGGACACAAGACAGACGAGAGCACGCGAGUACCUACCGCGAACGCUGACCGAGCGGUGGACACCCUCACAUACCCUGUCUCAAAUCCUCCGUUCCUGGUUGGCAAGCCGUUGUCGCCAGGCCGGGCAUGCUGGCUUGACCAUCACCCAGCGACCGUCCACGGUCAUUCCUGCGCUUCUAAUACCUUGUCCCUGUGUGCAUCGCAUUUGUGCCCGCAUCCUGCUAUAUUGACCGGUGCAGUGUGGUGCGGGAUUGCGCCGCUUCUCAUCUUAUGACGAUAGAAUUCCAACGUCGUAUCUUCCAUGCCAGUCAUGAGCACAUGCUCGAUCGACUGGCUCAGCGCCGUCGACGUCGGACAAGGACUUGGCAUCGUCCCGCUCUUCUGCAUCCCAUCGGGAUCCUGGGGCGACAGGCACCCAGGUCCAGCAACCAGUCACGUCUUUUUCCAGGAACAGUACGAACAUGGGCCUCUCACGAUGUCUUCAAUUGGUUCCCUCCGCAGCCGAGUCCUGAGCCCCAAGCGGAUCCCAGCGGAGUCAUCUCAAAGCACAGACAACCCCAAAGAGCCAAGAGUCGAUUCGUCCGGCGUUAUUCCAACUCAUCCCAAGCCAUGCUCCAUCGGGUCACUAGUUCGUGGCCAAACGACCAACGACCUUUGGUGCUAUUACGAAUCUACAGUGGUAAAGACAAUACGAUAUGUCUUCAACCCGCCGAACUAUUGAAAUGGCAUUCUCCGCGGAGCCUCGCUUCCUUACCCAAAUCCACAUCAACAGCUCCACCGUCGUGGGCAACAACACACCUGUACUCUACGAAUAAACAUAUCCACUGAGAGGACCGUACGAAGCCGGCAACACGCCGGGUGGUUUGCCUUGAAUCACAGGCCAGUGGCCAGAAACAGAGGGGGUCCAAUGUGGAAUGCUGAAUACGAAAAUUUGGACGGUGACGGUACUCCUACAGUACCGUCUCGAUUUGCCUCUGGCUAAAUUUUCUUACGGCGAGCAACUAAUUGGCCACGACUAACGCCCCCUCUUGAUUGAAAACGGUCUCUCGGUCUGGAGAAGUGCAAGUCUAAUAAAACUCUGCGCAAGAGUCACAAGAGUAUGAUCCACAAAUGAACUCC